GAAUGCUGAAAGAGGGGGGGGCGAGUGAGGCAGGACGAGGCAUGGGGGCGGGCGGGGAGUCUCUGUCCUGGAGGAUGAGGGUCCUGCUCUCGGGGCUGUGCGCUCUGACGCUGCUGAGCUGGGCCGGGCUGGCGGUGCUGCUCCUGAGGCAGACGCAGCUGAGUGCGCAGCUCGUGCAGCUGGACGGGCAGGUGCGGGAGGUCUCGGAGAGGGCCGUGGUGGAGUUCCUGAGCAAGGUGACCCCCCUCGCCGAGGGCCGGCCCAAGCGCCAUCGACGCCACGGCCAGAGGGGCCAGAGCCCCUGGGGGCCACAGGGCCUCCCUCGCGGGGAAGAGCAAGACGACAUGAUGAUGAUGAUGACCUACUCUAUGGUCCCGAUCAGAGUCUUUGUGGAUCUCUGCAACAGCACCAAUGGAAUUUGCUUGACAGGUCCCCCAGGACCCCCUGGUUUGCCUGGGCUCGAUGGAAUACCGGGAUUUAAUGGAAGUGACGGGAUUCCUGGACCAAAGGGAGAUCCUGGAGUGCAGGGAAAACGUGGGAGGAGAGGUCCCCCCGGCCCCCCAGGGGAGAAGGGAGAUCCAGGAGAGAUGGGGGAGCCAGGCCCCCCUGGGGAAAAAGGAGAGACCUCCAAUGAUGUCAUAUUAGAAGGCCCUCCAGGUCCAGUGGGUCCCCCUGGUCCUCCCGGUCCUGUUGGGCCCCCCGGUCCCCCAGGGCCGCCCGGCCCCCGCAGACCCCCCAGGAACAGAACUCACAGAGCUGACCUGCAGAGGGCCCAGGCUGUGGGCCUGUCAUACGCAGUGCCAAACGAUGACACCUCAGCUGAGAAGCCACAGGAGGCCCCAUCAAAGAAAGCAGAAUGCCUAGUCAAAUCCAUUACGAAUCCAAGAAAUAUUUCCAAAAUGGAGACUACGUUCGGGGCGUGGAUGCAGGAUACGUCUCUGGAUGAUGAAAGAAUCUGGGUGGCUGACCACUUCUUAGGCCGGGAGCUGAAGGAGUACCGGAGUGUCGCCGCGUUUCAGAACGGCUCCAGUGAGGCCAUCGACGUGCGGCAGUUCUUCUUCGGCUGCGGUCACGUCGUGCACAACGGCUCCGUGUACUACCACAUCGCUGGGAAGUUUGCCAUCGCCAGAUUCAACCUGCACAGUAAGAGACUGCACACCCUGACCAUCGAUAAUGCCCUGUACCACAACCUCACCUAUCUCCUGAACAACUCCAAGACGUACUUCAAACUGGCGGCGGACGAGAGUGGCCUGUGGUUGGUGUUUGCGUCGAGCAUCUACGACACCGUCAUGGUGGCUCAGCUGGACGAGAAGACGUUCUCCGUCGCCUCCUACAUCAACACCAGCUACCCGCGCGCCAAGGCUGGGAACGUGUUCAUCGCCUGCGGGGUCCUUUAUGUCACGGACAACAAGGACACCAAGGUGACCUACGCCUUCCACCUGCUGAAGCAGAAGCCUGUCAGCGUGACCUUUGACCUGCGCUCGCCCAGUGGCGUCCUGGCCAUGCUGUCCUACAACCCGAAAAACAAACACCUGUAUGCGUGGGACAACAGCUACGUCAAAGUGUACGAUGUUCGUUUCCUUAGCGACGACUGAACUUUCCCUGGACUUGCGUAUCUUUUUGUAGCCAUACUUUUAAGAAAUUAUUAUAUUGUUGUAUUGUAAUUAUUUAUUCAAAAUUGUUUAUGGGUGUGUUUUAAUGUCAAAUUAUAAAGGGGUGAUCGACUGUAUGGAGUAAUUACUCUCGUUUAUUGAUUGGAGCAGAUUCCUGAAACUAUAAGGUAGUAUAUUGACUCAGAUGCUAGGGUUGCAGAAGAAUGGACUUCAUAACAUAGGCAAAAGCACUGUCUCCCAAACUGUCUAUGGGAUGUCCCCAUUGCCAAUCCCCAUCCCCACCCCCUUGGCUCGAGUAUGGCUUGAGUAAGGCUGUUCACAUGUCUUCCCCACCACACAAAAGAUGCAAGAGUACUUUGGUGAAAUAAAAAGAAUUUAUUAAACUUACAAAGGUAAAACUAACAA